UAAAUUUCUCUGCUUAAUUACUUGUUUGUUAAUAACCUGAAUUUAAUUUUCAUGUGGAAAAGCGACAUCAAUAUCAUCGACUUCUGGUCAAUGUGAAAAUUUCUUCUCUAUUGUGAAACGAAAGAAGUAUCGCACGUCAAAAGCUAUUGAUAAUUAUAAAAGUAAAAGUUAAUUCACGCAGUGAAGAAUUAUUGUUUUUUCACAAAGACAAAUGCGUUGGACUAAAAUCGAUAAGAGAUAAGACAAUUGAAAUAUUAUAAUCAUACGCAUCGAGUGUAAUCGUGCAUCGAAAUAUGAGUGAAAAAGUAAAAGACUCUUAACAACCCAUCAUUUUGCGGUGGUAACUGUGUCUAAAAACGAAAACCACACACAAAAACAUAUCGUGCAAUUCGCCAAUGCAAGUGAGAGCGGGUAAUAUAAUUUGCGCCGGUAUGCGAUAUCAAGUGCUCGCCAAAUUUUUUGACACUCGAAGACAAAAUAAAAUAAUCUUAAUCGCUUAAUCAUCCGAAUUGAUUUGAGUUUUUCAAAAUAAACGAUCAAAAGAUUUCGUCAAAUUACCAUUUCGAAAAGAUUAAAGACUUUAUUCAACACCGAACUCCAUUUAAUUUUUCUUAACUAUUUGAUAUGUGCAAGUGAUUCAAUAUUUGUGUCCUAUUUAAUUUUCGAUUGAAGCAAACAAACGUGGUUUUGUUGUUUUUCCCCCUUUCGUUUCAUAUUUCGUUCGCCGUGAAAUAAAAAAAUAAUAAUAGUAUAAUUCAAAAGUGUAUGAAAAGAAAAAUUAAAACGUAAAUCGCACCAGAGGGAGAGAGAGAGAGAGAGCGGAGAGAGGAGAAUAAUCAUCUGUUCAUAAGUUCACGCGAAAUUAAAAAGCGAUAAAAAAAAAUCGAAGUGUAGUAACUCAGAAAUUCCACAUAGCGAAAUCUGUGUGUUUAUAAAAAAACACGAUCAAGUGUAUCUAGACAAAUCAACUGAAAAUUUUCAACAUAUAAAUUUAAAAAAAAGAAUCAAAGUAAUCAUGAUCACAAUUUGGCAUCAAGACGAUUACAACCGCAAUGACGGCUUCGGUCAACAGCAUCAACAGACAAACAUCUCCAACAAAGAAACUGAGCACAAUCACAGCAUUUAUCUCAACAGAAACCGCAACAAGCACAUCAUUCUGCUACUGAUUGCGAUUUUAAUCUGCAAAUGUUGUGCAGUGACAGGCGAUUCAACUGAGCCACCUGAUUGUUCGAGCAUCGUGUGUGACCUAAAAUGUCCAGCCGAUAGUAAAGUAAUUCGAAUUGAUAGUUAUGAUUCGAUCAUUUUACCGGUAAAUGGAUCCGAAACGCCAAUACACGAGACAAACAUAUCGAAACAAAAACGUGCCAUAUUGACAAGACAACGUGAAACGAUUAAAAUUGUUCCCGCCGGUGAUUAUGUUCGACGUCGUCGUGAUGUCAUCAAUGACACAAUAUCAUCCCCAUCAUCAUUAGCGUCCCAAAAGUGUUGCGAAUGUAAAUGUGAUUUUUCCAAGUGCCCGGAUCUCAAGUGCCCAUCCAAUGAAUACAAAAUUACCAUUGCACCCGGUUCACAGGUGCCGGGCAGUUGUUGCACAAAAUACCAUUGUAGCAAAGAAAAACCAACAUGCUAUUCGGCUGCAUUGAGACGACAUUUUAAUGCAUUUGAACAUUGGAAUGAAGAUUCAUGCACACACUGUGAAUGCACUGAAACUGGCGAAACAAAUUGUAUACAAUCAUCUUGUAAACCAUUGAAUUGUGCAAAGAAACAAGAAAUCGAAGGUGAAUGCUGUCCAGUUUGUGAUCAUAGUGAUAGUAAAUUUUGCGAUACAGAGAUUGAUUGUGAACUUCAUUGUCGUAAUGGAUAUGAAUUUGAUCCGGUGCGUGAUUGUGCCAUUUGUACAUGCGUGAAGACAAUAACAUCAACCAUAAAGACAACAACCAUUGCACUCGAAGAUUUUUCAAACAACACAGUAGCAAUUGUUCCAACAACGACAACAACCGUAAGCACUACGACGACCACAGCUAGCCCGACUACCACAUCCAAAUCAUCGGAUCGAAUCACUGAGACCGUUACCGAAUCAGAUGUACAAACUGAUAACAAUAAUUCGUCAACCAAACCAUAUAUUGAUGAGGAUGAAAAUUGGACAUUUCAUAUGCCAAUUGUGAUGGGUAUAUGCAUAACAAUCGGAGCAUUUUUAAUAAUCGUAUCUCUGACGUGUCGACACAUCAGCAACAACAAGGAUAAGCAUCAUUUGAAUCGCAAGCAAAACACUCCGUUAAUAUGAUUUGACGAACAAAGAAAAAAGGAACACACGAUCAUUUCCAAAUGGGUUGCCAUUAGGAAGGCUCGAUUUUUUUUCGAUUUUUUUUCUGCGAAUUUCUUUGAAUUUCGACUUAUAAUCCAUUUUAUCAGGUUCAGGUGUAAUUUUGUGAUGUUUUGAUUUUUCGACUGGGAUACUCGCGACAGUACGUUUGGCAAACUCAUUGCCAUCGUGUGUCAACUAUGAAAACUAUGAAGAAAGCAAACAAAAAGAGAUAGAGAGAGAGAAACAAAGUAGAAAUGGAAAAUAACAAGUGAAAUAAAAACCGUUUGCCUGGCGGAAUAGAAAUACAAACAAUUUGAAGAAAAAAGAGUCGAAUUUUGAUUUUGAUUUAAGUCUAGUUAUAUAGGAUUUCUAAAUGUAGGAACUAGAAAUUAAACACUAGAAAUGAAUAUCAAACAAAAUGCGCAAGCUCGCUCACGCGCAUACAUCAAUUGUGGCCGAAUUGAAUGCUGAUGCAAAAAAAAUGGCCAUUACUUGGCUAACUAUCGUUCUCAUUUCUCCAUUUUGAUCAUUUUAAAUUAAUUAAUAUUUUAAACACGAAAAAAUACAUAAACUGCGAUAGCUAAUCAAGGUCACUUCACUUGCAGCGCAUAUAUAUAUAUAUUAUCUUUUUUUUCCAUACUUUUCCGUCGCAUCUGCGAAUGGUAUUAGUAUUUUUCGUUCGUUUUUGCCAAGUUUCAUACAUUCAAAAUGUUAUUGCAACAUAAAGUGGAAUUUUCUAUUUAAGACAAAGAAAAAGGGAAAUAAUUAAAUUGAACACGCUGUUCGUUUGAAAGAAGAAAAAAAAAUUACAAAAAUUUUUACAUUUAAGGCACCAAACUUUCAAUCAUAUCCCAUACGUUUCAAUUUAUUUUUCUUUAAUCAUCGCCUCCUUUUUUGUGAUAAUCAUAAUCAUAAAUCACCCGAUGACCGAUUACGAUGGAAAUAUGAAAGUAGAGCAAAUGCUUUGAGAUUUUUUUUUGCUCUAAUUUCAAUCGAUUUCAUAUGUGGUUUAAAAAAAAAACAAUGUCAAACAUUUCUUUUGAGAAAAAAUCUUCACGAAAUAGUUAAAUUGGCCAUUGCUUAAUUUACACUUAUUUUCCACACACUUGAAUGAAUAAACAUUUUUUUAUAUUGCCGAAUAAAAAUACAUUUUGCCAAUUUUGAUGGCAACAUUUAGAGCAGAAUGUCCAGAUUGAAGCCGAAUUUAACUUGCCCAGCAUUGUUUGACCACAUUUGUAUCUUUACCUUCGUAUUUUGCAUCAAGUUUUUUUGUUUUGAAAAAAAAAAAAAAUAACGAUUUUAAAUCAAAUUUGUUCAUAGAGCCGAAUUCGAUGCUCGAUUGAUCUAUAACAAUCAUUCAUGAGAGAAAGAGAGAGGGAGAGAGAGAAAGAGAGAGAGAGAGAAUAUAUAUCAAAUAAAAAACCAUAUUUCUUUUAUUUUUAUUAUUAUUUUUUGUCUUUUCUUCGUUAAGUUGUUAGUUUUUAUCAUAAAUUAUAUAUUUUAUUUGUAAUUCGUAUCAUAAUUAUAUAUUUUUAUUUUAUGCAAAUGUAAUAAUCAUCUUGCCAAUUGAAAAGUAUUUUUGUAUUAUGAUUUUUAAUAAGGCAUUAUUUCAAAAACACAAAAAAUACGAAAAAUAAUUCAAAAAAUGUUUUGCUUGCGAUGCACUCAUUUACGGCUAAUUUUUGCAAUGAAACACAAUCGAAUCGAGCCGUUUGGCAAUCGCACAACCUAUAUCCCCUCAAAAAAAAAAUCUAAUGAUUGUCAUACAAUUACAUUUAAAAUAUUUACAAAUGGAAAGAAAACGAAAAGAAAAGAAUGUUCUCUCGUCUGUAUUAUUUCAUUUUUGCCCAUUCAUGCUUCUGCAAAAAAGAAAUCCUUUAAACUUAUAAAUGGUCAAAAUUGAACCAAUUUUUUUUUAUUUUUUUCCUUCAAGUUUUUAAGACGUUAUACUUU